UUCCAAGAUGGCCGGUGAACAAAAUGAUCCCGGUGCAUCUAUAAUGCAAGAAUUACAAGAGCAUCUAAGAACGGCAAACAUUCCACUAAAUAAUUUGUCGAGUAUAGCACAAAAGGGAGACGAUAAGCUGGUGGAGCAAUUCUUAUCAGAGAAUAUAGAGCUGGAAUCAGCAGGACCUAAUGCCCUCCAGAGUCAGUUGUACAUAGCUUGUUUUUGGGGUGUGAAGGACAUUGCCAGAGCACUUCUGAUGAAAGGAGCAGAUGUGAAUGCCAGGAACAGUACAACCCUGUGGACUCCCCUGCAUGCUGCUACAUUCCAGGAACAUGGUCCUGUAGUUAUGCUUUUAUUAGACAAUGGAGCUGAUCCUAAUUCUAAAGAUGCUGAAGGAAGGUCCCCCAAAGACUUUGCCUCAGCCUCAGAAAAAAUAUGGCCGCAUUUUGCAGCACUGAAUCUCACGAGGACACGAAAACAAGAACUUGUUGAAAUGGGAAUUAUAAAAAAGGUUGAUGCCGGUAUUUCUCCAAAGACGUCACCAAGACAACCCGGAGAUGGAAUUCGACUGGCGUCCUAUUCUCGGCCGGAAUCUGCAUACGCGUACAGUAGCGACCCCUUUAUGAACGCUGCCAUGAACGGGGACGUCUUAGCGGAAGAAAGGACUGAAGACAAACCCAAGACGAACCAGCCGCAGUUUGCUAUGUGGAAAUAGUUCGAUGGGGAGCUUUAAAACUUAACGAAUAUGGUUUAUGUUUUUAAAUAUUUAUUUUUGGAUGACUUUUUCAUGAUCUCAACACAACGAAUUCUUAAGACUGUUAUUAUUGUUCACCGAAAAUAACGUGUGAGAUUAGUGGCUAGAACGAAAAAAUCUUUCUAAUUAUUCUUUUAACUACAUUAUUAUUAUUAUUAUUAUUAU